AUGGCUUCCAACAUAUUUUCACGGCUUGGCCCGCCAGCUAGAGGCUCUCCAUCCUUCUACGAAGAGCUGAGAGAAGGACGCGACGUGGACCCAGAUAUCGAGAACCAGGCUGGACUUGAUGUUGACGAAGAGAACUUGAAAGAGCAGUUCCAGGAUUACGAUCUAGACCAUGCGCAGGGACUCGCAGUCGAAGACAGUCGUGCCACUCUCGAAAGCAACGCCAACCUUCUCAAAAGCUCCCCCAAAACUGCCGGACGGGGCACACAACGCCGAGGGACCAGACGUGACCCAGCUCCCGCAUGGGUUGGCCAAGAAGAUGAUGGCGAUAAUGAUGUCCCCGCUUCUCUCCUCGUAGAGCCGCACGACAUGGAAGUGGUCGCGAAAGAAACAAGCCGCGGAAAGCAGCCCCCUGCAGCAGCGAGGCAGCCUGCCAUUCCUGGUCCAUCGGACCGACGAGCUCAUGCUCAGUGGGAAACCGCCCAAGCCCAGCAGAGAUUGCACCCGCCCGACGGCAUCCAACUGGUCAGAGCGCAACCUAAACGGUUUGCGCGAGGUCUUGCGUCUGGCAACGAGAAGGAGAAGGCACUUUGGAGGUGGGUCAACGUGUCGAAUGUGGACUUCUUCAUCCAGGAUGUCUAUUCGUACUACCAGGGUAGUGGCUACUGGUGCAUCGUUUGUGGUCGAGGACUGCAUCUUCUUGAAUCGGCCUUUUUUGCGGUUUUCCUUACGUUCAUGACGCAGUGUGUGGAUUACUCACUCAUCUCCGACAAGAGCAAAAAGUCUUUAGGGGAGGUAGUGAUUCCUCAGUGCACCAGAAAAAUGUCAUUCGUAUGGAACCUCGGCUUGUGGCUGUACGUCUUUUAUUUCAUAUGGAAAGCCGUCCAGUAUACCGUGGAUCUCCGACGGCUGCGCAACAUGCGCAACUUUUACACAUAUCUCCUCGAAAUACCUGAAGAGGACAUGCAAACAGUAUCGUGGCAAGACAUUGUCUCCCGCGUCAUGGCUCUGCGAGACGCAAACCCGAAGACUGCUAUCAACAUCACCCCGUCGCAGCGUCGAUGGAUGCGCAAUCAGUCCAAAGAGCGCCUUGACGCUCACGACAUCGCCAACCGCCUCAUGCGGAGAGAGAAUUAUCUGAUAGCGAUGAUGAACAAGGAUAUCCUCGAUCUGACACUCCCAAUUCCGUUCAUGGGGAAGCACCAAUUCUUCUCAAGGAGUCUCGAAUGGAACCUGAAAUUUGGCAUCCUAAGCUUCGUCUUCGACGAGAACAAUCAGGUCAAGCAGGACUUUCUCAAAUCGGAUCAUCGCGGUCCCCUGAGCGCGAUGUUAAAAACCCGCCUCAUAUUUGCCGGUGUCAUCAACCUCAUGAUAGGACCGUUUGUUGUCGCGUACCUCAUCAUUGUGCACGCUUUGACGUACUACAAUGAGUACCAAAAGGACCCGUCAACCUUCAGCCACCGAAGGUACACGCCGCUGGCUGAGUGGAAGUUCCGGGAGUUCAAUGAACUUCCACAUUUCUUCCAGGGGCGCCUGAACAUGUCGUACCCGGCUGCUCAUACGUACAUUGACCAAUUUCCCAAGAAGUUGAUAGAGCAGUUUGCCCGUGCGGUCACCUUUAUUGCCGGAGCCAUAACUACCAUCUUGGCCAUCGCGUCUUUUGUAGAGCCUGAGCAUUUCUUGGGCUUCGAACUCCUCUUCGGCAAAUCGGCACUAUUUUAUAUCGGAAUAUUCGGCGCCACUUGGGCGGCUGCCAGAGGCAUGAUCUCAGAAGAGACUAAUGUCUUCGACCCGGAGUACGCACUGCGGAACGUCAUCGGCCACAUCCAUUACUUCCCAUCUCACUGGCAAAGUCGCCUGCACACGGCGGAAGUUAAGCGAGAAUUCUCGGAGCUUUACAAGCUCAAAGUGCUGAUCCUCGUCGAGGAAAUCGUCGGCAUUCUCACAGCGUCGCUAGUGCUCAUUUUCUCAGCACCCAAAUGCAGCGACCAGAUUAUUGACUUCUUCAGGGAGUUCACGGUUCAUGUCGAUGGGGUUGGGUACGUGUGCUCCUUCGCCAUCUUUGAUUUCAAGACGGGCGCAGAGAAGGCCAAGCAAAAGGCAGGGGCCACUGAUGUUCGCGAGGACUAUUAUUUGACGAAACAUGGCAAGAUGGCAGCAUCUUACUACGGAUUCUUGGACAACUACGUGAUCAACCCGAAAACGGGCAUUCCGGGCCACAUCCCUCCUGGGAGCAGACACCCUUUCCACCCGCCACCCGCUUUUCCGGGGCUUCAGUCACCCACGCUGGCAGCUGAUAUGCAGGGAUCCAGGGCAGGCCGGCACGAUCUAGCAAGAAGCCGGGCACCUGGAGGCGGCAUAGGGCAGGCAACUCGGACACCGCGCUUUGGACCUUCCAUGACGGCCCCAAGCCCGAUGGCAUCAAUGUUGCUCGACCCACAUCACCAACCGGCGGCAGGAUUCGGGGUCCGAAGCACGCAUCGGAGCCGAGGGAACCGGAGUGGAUAUCAGGGAGAAAGCAUAAUCGAGGAGUCAACAGAAGACGGCUUGGGAACAGACGGGCGCCCAGGAUCGCAAGGGGCAUUGGAAGACGAACCAUUUGAGGGAUACGGUCCUCUGGGGGAGUCUGUCUGGGAGACGUCGCCGCCGGAAGGACUGAGCCGGGAGAACAGCACGGCUACAGAUACCGGAGGCCAAAACGCGGGGGUUUUGGAACUGAUCUACCAGUUUCAGCAGGCUCACAAUCGCCCCGGCGGAGCGCUGUGA